AGAUGGGCGCACAACCCUAGAGUCUGUCAAGACUGGCCCGUACGGGCAGGGGUACCUUUACCUUACUGAGCAGAUACAUCAGCUUCUGUUGUCCAAAUCAAAUUUUUACAAACUGAUCCUGAAAAAACUUGCAGGCCGCAAUAGUGCAGUAUCAACUAAUACUGGUUAGUGCAGGCAAGUUGUGUGUGUGUGUCCACACAUUGACUUCAAUUACCGGUAUACCAUCACAUCAAGAUGAAAACUGAUUACUUUUCAUUUGUUUAUAGGCUGGGAGCUCAUAAAAUCAUUGACACACUAUAAAUUUCUUGGUGUCCUAUAGGAGAAGCAAAGAUCUUGGACUGCUUCACUAAGAUCUAAUUUUAAUAUGAUUUAGCCAAUAUAUUUCUAUCAAUAUUGACAACAAUACAGAUAGAUUCCUGUCCAGAUCAAUAUAUUAAGGAAUUGGUGCAAUAACCAAUAAAUGACUUUGGCUUAAAAUUAAAGUUUGGGUAAAUAUAUGAGAUCAACCAGUUACUUUAUCUUUAAGGAAAGCUCCAUUUUCUCCAAAAGAGCCACACCUGAAGGUGUUUUAUUGUGAGCUCAUAAAAGAGCUCUGAGGAUAGCAUUUCUUCUUUAGCUAUAAAGCAUAAGCUGUUGGGUUGGUUUUUUUAAUGGUAGUUGUGAGAAAACCACUAAAUACAAUGGUACAUACAAAAGAUUUCACUAAGGUCUUAUUAGCUGAAGUUAGGAGAUACUAUGAGCAGCCUUUAAGUGAGGAACAAGCAUGGGCUAUCUGUUUCCAGUGUUGCUAUAAAAUGAAAUGGAUGAAGGCUCAUGGGUUGGAUUCUGCAUUAAGAAUGGUAAUCUUAGAUAUUGAUAAUGCCUACAUCCAUUCUGAUGGUACUGUUUCCUUCACUUUACAGCAUUUGAUAGUCACACAAAAUAACAACCCAAUGAUAGAUUGGAAGAUAAGGAAUUGAAGCCGCUUAUACAGGUAAUCAGUGUCUGCAUUCUCCUACAGAGGAAGAUCAGUAUCUUUUCUGAGUACUGCCACAUGUGAUCUACAAAUAGGAACACUCCUGGUGGGUCUCAAUAAUGCUAGUACAGUGGUACCUCAGGUUACAUAUGCUUCAGGUUACAUAC